AUGACUCUCUUCUUCUUCUUUUCCUUUGUUCUUCUCUCUUGUCUACCUUUUCUUCACUCUGCUACAAACCACAACACUUCUACAAGUAUCUGCCCAGAAAGUUUCAGUUGUCCAAAUUUGGCCCCAUUUAAGUACCCUUUCUAUAAUGCCACUGACGGGCAAUGCGGGUUGAUCCAGGUGAACUGUAAUUUUCAUGGUGGGAGAAUUCAACUUGGUGAACACUCAUAUGAGAUUCGUGGCAGGUUAGGGUUUGAUUCUAUUGUCUUGAUCCAUAACACAACAUUUGAAAGACUUGUGAAUGAAAAAGAUUGUAAGGCGCUUAUGGAUAAUUUCACUUCUCCAAAUCCUCUUCUCUAUUCCGUUUCAAUCCAACCCUUCAUCACUCUCUACAAAUGCAAAAAAGAUCGGAAUGAUUCUGCAGAAAUGGAACGUUAUUUUGACGAAUCAAAUUACAAUAGAUACAAAAUAUGCAACCAUCACAAUUUCUACUAUAAGCAUUCCAUCAGCGACACAACAGUUCUAAGUGGUCUCCCACCUACAUGUCAAGUAAUACAGCUACCCGCAAAUGUGCAAUCGCCAGAUCUUGGGCGUCAAGUACCUGACAACAGAAACAUAUUUUCUACUCUAAGUUCAGUGUUCUCUAUUUCAUUUAACUUGACAACUCCCUGCAAUGAGUGUCACAAGGAAAAAGGCCACUGUCAUGCUCCCAAUGGACAGUUUCAGUGUUUAGACGCUAAAAAAGAAAAACUACCCAGAAAAUUGAUACUGAUCCUAGUUCUCGCUGGAUCCACCUUCAUUCUUAUGAUCUUUCUCGUCAUGUUCAUAAUCUGUCAUACGUACAAGAUCAACCUGUUUUCCUAUUUCUCAUCAAAGAAAAAAACACCAAUCAGUGAAGAUGCGAGUCACUUUGUCGUUGGCGUCUCUGUUUUCUCCUACACAGAGCUUGAAGAUGCCACCAGAAAUUUUGACCUUUCUCAGGAACUAGGGAUUGGAGGUUUUGGAGCUGUUUACUAUGGUAAACUCCAAGAUGGGAGAGAAGUUGCAGUGAAGAGACUUUACGAGCACAACUACAAACGAGUCCAACAUUUCAUGAAUGAGAUUAAAAUCCUCACCAGAUUACGUCACCCCAACCUUGUGGUGCUCUAUGGUUGCACCUCUCGACAAAGCCAUGAGCUUCUCCUUGUGUAUGAAUACAUCUCCAAUGGCACACUUGCUGAUCACCUCCAUGGCGAAUUAGCAAAUCCAAGCUUGCUGACAUGGCCAGUACGCAUGAACAUCGCCAUUGAAACUGCCAGAGCAUUAGUGUACCUUCAUGCCUCUGAAAUCAUACAUCGAGAUGUGAAGACGAGUAAUAUUCUUCUUGAUCACAAUUUCAGUGCCAAGGUAGCAGAUUUUGGGCUCUCAAGGCUCUUACCGAAUGAUGUCACUAACAUUUCUACAGCUCCUCAAGGAACCCCAGGAUACGUGGAUCCCCAAUAUCACAAUCGUUACCAGUUAACAGAUAAGAGUGAUGUUUACAGCUUUGGAGUGGUCUUGAUUGAACUGAUAUCAUCGAUGGUGGCUGUUGAUUUAAAUAGGUCACAAGACGAGAUUAGUUUGGCUAAUCUGGCUUUAAACAGGAUCCAAAUAGGUGCCUUAGAUCAACUUAUCGACCCUGUACUUCUAGGAUCCGAUCCGGAUGCUGAAAUCAUGAGAACGAUCACAUCAGUAGCAGAGUUGGCUUUCCGGUGUUUACAGUAUUAUUCAGAAAUGAGGCCUACAAUGAAUGAGGUGUUGGAUGUGUUGGAGGAUAUUCAAUCCCUUGGGAGAAUAGACGAUGAUGACAGCAAACCGCUACCUCCGUCUGAAACCAGUGAUACAGCGGUUUUGUUGAAAGACUUCCCGCCUUCGCCGGUCUCCGUCGCCGGUGAAUGGCUUAGCGAUUGCACUGGGUCGACUACAAUAAGCACCAGAUAG